AUGGUCCAAACAAACAAAUAUGGGCAAGUGGUGGGUGACAAUGUGUUGAACUGUGCUGAGAGAAAAAUACCGCAACCAAUUGUUUUAGAAGGCCAAUACUGCAGACUGGAACCUCUGAAUGUUGAAAGACAUAGUAAAGACAUUUUUGAGGCGUUUUCCAAAGCAGACGUUGACCAUCUCUUAACUUAUUUGGCCGUGGCUCCGUUUCAGACCCUCAACGACUAUGAAAAGGUUAUUAGAAAUUUCUUGAACACCGAACAUAGUGUCCAUUAUGCCAUUGUAAAUGGAAAGACCGGACGCGCCUGUGGAAGCAUUUGUUUGCAAAGGAUUGAUGUUCAGAAUGGAGCCGUCGAAAUAGGUUUCGUGAUGUUUUCACCUGAACUCCAGCGCACUGUCAUUGCUACAGAGGUCCAAUAUCUACUCCUGAAAUACGUAUUCGACGGAUUAGACUACAGAAGAUGUGAAUGGAAAUGCGACGCUUUGAACGAACCGUCAAGGAAUUGCGCACUGCGACUCGGUUUCAAGUACGAGGGACUCUUCCGUAGGUCUGCUAUAUACAAAGGCCGGAACAGAGACACCCAGUGGUUUUCUAUUGUAGAAGACGAGUGGCCCGCCGUUCGCCAGGUCUUUGAGUUGUGGUUGAGUCCAGAGAACUUCCAAGAUGGAAUGCAAAAGCGAAAGCUCUCGAACAUACGAGAGAGAGUUCAAUGUGGUGGGACCUAA